AUGGCUGCUGCUGCUGCUCUCGGCGAUAACUCCAAUCCGUUGGUGUACUCGUCCGAUUCGGAAUGUGAAGAUCUUCUCGGGAGCCUUUCCCUCGGGGAAAUCGAGAAUUGGGAUAAAGUGGAGGAGUCCGAGGUUGACCCUAUCACACCAGUAGAGGUUUUUGAAAUAAUUCGUCGUUUGCGAGACCCAGAGCACCCGACGCUCUCCUUAGAACAGCUACGAGUGGUGACACCAGAACAGAUACAAGUCACCAACGGGCUCACGGAUGGCAUCACCAGGAUCGAUGUUGAAUUCACACCAACGAUACCAACAUGUUCCGUCGCCACUUUAAUUGGGUUGACUAUCCGAACGAAACUGCAGAAAUGCGUUUGUGGGGCGAAUGGAAAUGUCAAGAUAAAUGUGAACAUCAAGGAAGGUACACAUGAUCAGGAAGAGCAAGUGAAUAAACAACUAAACGACAAGGAACGGUGUCAGGCUGCGAUAGAGAAUCCCAAUUUACAAAAAAUGAUACCGCGAGCGACAAUUGAAUCGGAGUCGGAUGAGCAGCAGAGGAAAAAGAGAUCGAUGACCUUAUCGAUAGUAGCGGAUAAUGAGAGUACUACUGCAGACGGUGCACGACGUCAUUCUGGGAGGAGAUUUUCGAACAGGCGAGUUCAGCGUCUGGCAACAUCUUCAUUGUCGAGGCUGAUGACAUGCCCGUUGUCGAAAGUAUUCGUCGUUACGCAAGAAGUCUUGGGACAUGGGGCGACAGCGACAGUGAGAAAAGUGAUUCAUAAAAGGACUGGGGAAGAAUUUGCAUUGAAGUCGUUGACUAAGAAGGGCUUGUCACGGUGGCAGGCCAAUUUUUUACUCAACGAAGUGGAGAUCUUCCUCUCAGUGGACCAUCCCAAUAUCUGUCGGCUUGCAUACGUAUUCGAGGCGCCUACUAUGGUGCAUUUGGUGAUGGAGCUCUGUCGGGGUCCUGAUCUACAUGAGGUCAUUCAUCAGAGAUUUAGUUGUGGUGGUCAUUUUACGGAACCUGAAGUCGCUGAUAUCAUCACUCAGAUCCUCUACGCGAUCAACUACCUUCAUACCUCGAAUAUCGUCCAUCGUGAUAUCAAGCCGAGUCACUUUAUGUUCACUUGCGGUUGUCCCGUUGUUACAGAUCCUCAUCAUGUGAUCGAUUGUCCUGAUCGUCGCCUGAAGCUUUUCGAUUUCGGUUUGGCACGUCGUAUAGGUUCGAGUAAAUCAAUUGCAGGAGGGACUCUGUCUUACAUGGCACCGGAGUGCUUGGAGGUCGAAUGGGAAUCUCGGAAGCCGAUCCAACGACGAGUCAGCGUUUUCGGGGAGGGGGAGUUGAACGAUGAGGCCGAGAGAAGUGGUAUAGAUAAGGAGGAUAGGGGGCCGGCGGGAAUAUCCGCUAAAUGCGACCUGUGGGGGGUUGGUGUCAUCUGCCAUCUUAUGCUAAUCGGGAAGAUGCCAUUCGACUCACCUAAUGCGGGUGACGUACUUCGAGAAAUGAGGAAAAUCGCCCGACACCGGAGUACUGGAGAAUACCUCAGCGGUGACCGGUUCAACUACAUAUCGGAGGCUGCGAGGAGCUUCCUGAGGGGAUGUCUGCAAGUCCAUCCCCCCGAACGUUUUAGUGCCCGACAGGCGUUGGAUCAUCCAUGGAUCUCUGAGAUGUUGAAGGAUAGGGAUCAUCAUCAUCAUCAGGUGCUGCCGAGUGGUGGAGUGGAAGAUGAAGUUCUCCCUUGGAAUGUACUGGAAAGUAUGCGGCGGUAUGCAAUGUCCAACUCGUUGAGAAAAGCAGCGUUGAAUAUGGUGGCGUCGGGGCUCACGUCGCGAGAAGUGCAUGAUUUGGAGAAGACCUUCGUGAAGAUCGAUGCUGACCACGAUGGAGUCAUACAAUUCUCUGAACUUCUUCGAGCUAUCGCUCCAACCAAUCGGAAGGGCAUGCAUUCUGUGUUUCGCAUGUUAGGUAAAAGUGUGAAUAGUGGAAAGGGACAGAUUAUCGAUGACGACGAUGAUUUUGAAGUCGAAUACUCACAGUUUUUGGCCGCGGCCGUCCAUAUGCGCUCUGAAAUGUUCCGCGACAAAAUGCGAGAAAUCUUCGGAAGGUUCGACAUCGACGGCAACGGGACGAUUUCCAGAGAUGAGCUCAGUGAAUUGAUUGAAGAAACGAAGUGA